GCGCCCUGCAGCGGUUGCCAUGGAGGCGGCGGGGGAACGUGGUGAGGAGGAGGAGGAGGAGGAGGAGGAAGAAGAGUGGUUGCUGCAAUCCUUGCACCUGUACGAGGCUCUGCACGCCUUCGAGCUCCAGGCUCCCACCCGCGUUAUCGAAUGGGCCCUGGGGAAGCGUGUGUGCGUGGCCGGCUAUGGCUGCGCUGGAAGGAAUGAGAUCCUGCAGCUGCUGCCACCAGCAGCACUGGAAGCGAAGGAGAGCCGGGGUCUGUGUCCAGAGAGAGAUUUCAAGGUGGAAUGUGGAGGAUUCUCCAACCGCCCGGUUUACAACCUGAAACACGUGCCAGACACCAGCUUGCUGGUGACGAGCGGCCCGCCCGACAGCUCCCUCCAGCUCUGGCAGAUGUCAGCAGAGGACUCCGAUGUCAUUAAAUCUGUAAGUGCCAUCUCGACAGAAAAUAGCACUGGGGAGGGCUGGGCGAAAAUCGCCACCAUUUCAAUGAGAGCCCCGUGGGUCCUCCAUGGCUCAAGGCUCAGCAGCACCCAGAUCACAGAGGUGGAGUCACGGAAGAAGGUGUACGUAGCAGCCUCCAGCAGCGGCGAGGAGCAGCUCAGCAGCCUGGCCUUCGUGGAUGCCAACACCUCUCUGCUGUGCUGCACAGCAGGGCAGCUGUGCGUGGCUGAUAUCCGGCAGCACAGCCCCUUGCAGGCUGCGCCCAUCCCCUCGGCGCAGCGUGGGCAGUGCUGGUGCAUGGCAGUUGGGCGCAGAGCUCUGUGCUCCGAGCUCAGCUCCCAGCCCAUCGCGUGCCUCUCAAGCGCGGGGCAGCUCGUCCUGAUGGACGUAAGGAAAGCCUCGCAGUGUUUGGCCUCAGCCAAGUGCAGAGUUCCCUCUUCCAGCUGCAGCGCUGAGUUCCUGAGCGUCUCCUGGGCUCCUGCUCUGGAGGGCUGCCUCGCAGUUUCAGCUUCGCUGCACUGAGAGCCGUGGGUCAGUAGGAAUUAUGGCUGACAGACGUGCAGUUGGACCGGAUGGGUUUGGAGGUCUGUUCCAAGCGUGGAGAUGGUGCGAUCCCACGAUUGUAACCCCCUGUGCUCCCUUCUAAGGCUUCGAUGGCACUGUGCACAUCUACGACACGCGGAGCUGGGACGGCAGCGGGUGUGAAGCACAGCCACUCUUUGUGCACAAAGGCCACGCGUUUGGGGAGCAUCCCUGGGUGACGGCGCACGCGUGGCACCCGCAGAAACCAAGGACUGUGCUGUCAGCAGCCACUGAUGGCUCCUUGCACAUCUGGGAUUGGGUUCAGCCUCGCGGGAGCUGAGGGCAGGUGCUGCUUUCAGCAUUGCCUGGGCCGCGAGCGAGCUGUUGGCUUGGAGGCGUUGGGAAGAGCUGGGCCCAGCUGUUGUAACGCAGAACAAGGCUUCCAACGGCGUUCCUUUUGCUCUGCCCUCCCACGUGUUGUUGGGAUGUGAGGCUUUGGCCGCGUUGCUUGCCCUGUUCUCGUGCCUCCCCCCCCAGCCAUUGUCCCAUCGCGUCCCGUUGGCCUCGUGAGGCUCAGGAGGAAAAUACAGUAAUAAAACAAAGCAGCGAAGCGUGAGUACAAUGCGAGGAAA